CAACACUGAGCCAGCUGGCCGCCAUACCUCAUCACGCCGCAGACAACACACCUUCGAAAUUAACCACAAAAAAAACACAAAUUCCCGCCAAACUACCACAGCCACAGCCACGCCACCCACAGCAGAGGAAGAGAAGAGAGAGGAGAACCAGUGGAGAGAAGGAGAAGAGGAGAUAAAGAGAGGAAAGGUGUGAAAAGAGGAGAAAUACGAUGACAGUGGACAUUGUGGUGACAGAUGGUGAGGUGACCCCGGCGCCUGACCUGACCUCCCCCGCCGAGCCAGGUCACGAUGAGGGCAAGAGGAUGCUAUACACGCUCAAGGUGUGCCCCGUGGUGAGGGAGGCGCAGCUGGCUCACGGGCUGCGGCACAGUGACUACCAGCUGUACCGCCAAUACUGCAGCCGAAGAAUAAGGCGCCUUAGAAAGAAUCUCGAUUUUAUUCAAGGCGAUCGGAAGAACUUCAGGAAAAAGAUUGUCACUCCUGAUGUCUUGAAGGAUGAUAGGUUCCUGUACAUCCCUCUAAUGACUGUGGAGCGCUACUGGGCGUACGCAAUGCAGCUGAAGGAGGAGAGUUCGCAAGACACGAGGAAAAAAUUCUCAAUGCGGAACAAACUGAGGAAAGCUGCGAGUUAUGUGGCAGCGUUUGAGAGGCUGGUGGAGGAGAGCGAGCAGUGUGACGCGCGGACCCAGCUAGAGGUCCAAGGAUACUCCGCUUGGCUGCAAGGGACGGUGCUGUUUGAGUUGGCAGAGUGGAUAGGGAAGUGGGACAGGCCGGUGGAAUAUUUCAACAAGGCGCUAGCAAUCUACAGCAAGCUCCAGGGGGCCGUGUCCGAGGAGGAGCGCGAUGUAUACAGUGCCAAGAUUCAGGAGGUGGAGGUUAAGUUGAGAUUUUGCCGACACCACCUUGGGGAUCGCUCUGCCACGGACACCCUGCUGGCAAUGCGUGGGAAUGAAGCCCUCGGAGAUAAGCUGGAUAACCUGCUGGCGUCGGCGAGGGAACGACAAGCCAGUACUUUGAGUGAGGUGACUUGGAAGGGACGAACGCUGGCUGUCAGACAUGAAAAGGUCCGUCUGUUCCUGGUGAGCGAGGGACUGAUCCAUGAAGAGCUGGACCGGACCGCAGAUGCCUCCGAGAGAGUCCGUUUGUUGGACCGUUUGUUGAUGGAGUGCAAGGAUGCCAUACAGCUGGUGCGCGAUGACCUUAAGAACGAUGUGAGCUUCAAGCCCCGUCAACAGAGCAGUGAAGGGCCAGUGUCGCCCCUUCACUUCCUACACACCUAUUUGUCUUACCAUCGUCUAAAUCUCACGACUCUCAGAAAUUUGGCUCUCGUCCACACCUAUCAGAAGAUUGUCAGCGGAGAGGUGCAGGUGGAGGAAGGGAAAAAGGCCCCCAAACUCCAAGAUUUAGUUCGACUUCACGAGAUAAUUAUCCAAAACCUGAAAGAAUUGCCGAACUUACCAGGCUUGGAGGACGACCUUGACCUGAGGAGCACUGUGGAAGGUCAGGUCAUCGCCCACCGUGCCCACCGGUGUUACUACGUGGCUGAGAGCUUCUUGAAGGUGGAGAAGUGGGCGGAGGCUCUCGUCUUGUACCAGCAGGCUCUUAACUAUGUGGAGGAGGCCAAGGCUGGAGGGAAACUGCAGCCGAGUGCCUUAACAGAGCUGGAACGCAUCAAAGCUUCAAUCGACAGCAAGAAAUUUACAGCACAUGCUCAGGCCAUUUUAGCAGCCCAAACAGCCCUUGGAGCCCCCACCACCACCACCAAGGCUGCUACCACUAAGGAAGGCAAGUUACUGAUACACCGGCUGGAUGAAUACAUUGAGGACCCCAGCUUGACCUCCUCCAGCCCCCAGGUCGCCCAGGUUCCCCCCCCAAUGACCUCAGUCCCCUGCAAGCCCCUGUUCUUCGAUUUAGCCCUCAAUCACGUCGACUUCCCCUCGCUGGAUGACAAGAUAGAGAGCAAGAAGGCUGCUGCAGGGGUGGCUGGACUGACAGGGCUGGUGAAGGGCCUAUGGGGGGGCUGGGGGGCUAAAAAGUAAUGGGGGGUGGUGGUGGUGUAGAGAGGGAGGGGUGGAAAUGGAAGGAGAAAGGGAAAAGGGUUAAAUUCUAAGGUGCGCUUGCUCUGUCUCGAGUGAGCGUCUCUCUCUCUCUCUCUCUCUCUCUCUCUCUCUCUCUCAGGGGCCCUCUCUCUCUCUCUCUCUCUCUCUCUCUCUCUCUCUCAGACCACAGGGGGCCCCACAGUGUGUCCCCCCCACAGUAUGUUGACAAACCCCCUGGUCUCUCUCUCUCUCUCUCAGUGUGUCCCCCACAGUAUGUUGACAAACCCCCUGGUCUCUCUCUCUCUCUCUCUCUCUCUCUCUCUCUCUCUCUCUCUCUCUCUCUUGUCUGUAAUAAAAUAAAAUUGCUAUUAAUUCACUUACUUUACUUAAUUUUAAUGAAGUUUUCCUCUAAGUGAAUAUUUUUUGCAGUGCUGGGAAGGAAAUGUUUAAAGGGACGAAAUUAUUGUGUGUUUCUGUUAGACAUUACAAUAAAAAGCUUGAAAAAAUUAAUGUUGUUAUUGUCAUUAUUAUUAUUGUUGUGUGUGUGUGUGUUUGUUGCCUAAGAAAAGAAAGAGAGAGAGAGGCAAGAUUAGGUAAGGUUACAUUAAAUUUGAUUACCCAAGAGUGCCCUUCUCUGCACAUUGAAUACUGACACCUGAGAAUCUGGAGCCACAUUUCUGUCUGGUGGUGAGCAAGUGUGGUGUGGAGUGUGACGCAGAGACCACAGCCACAGCCACAGCCACACAGCCACAGCUACGUAUAUACAGCACUUCUGAAGAGAGGGGGAAAAAAUUGUCUAUGUUAAAUUCAAACUUCAUAAUGUUUGUGUGGCAGAGAGAGAGAGAGAGAGAGAGAGUGAAAUACAAUGCAACACUAUAUUUCUUCAUCAUCUUAUCAAUUGUUUUGUUGAUCUAAGGGCCAAAAAUAAAUAAAUAAAUAAAUAAA